AUGGUCAAGAGUCCUGUGAACCUUGACGCUGUAUACUCGAACAAUGUGGGCACCUUCCAAAAAAUCGCCAAUACGGUCUUGCCAGUAAAAUACCCUAGCAAGUUCUUUGAAGAACAGUUUGACGACAAAGCAAAUACAACCGUGUUUGCCCAACUAGGGUACUUUGGAGAAGUGGCCGUAGGUGGGGUAAGAGCCGAGCUGAUUGCCAGCAAAAAUGGUGGCGUCCAAUCGGCUGGUGUUUACAUUCAAAUCCUCGCAGUUUUGGAAGCCUACAGAAGCAAAGGAUUGGGAACUGCACUCUUGAAUUACAUCGAGGAACAAACCAAAUCUCACUACCAGCACAAGAUUUUUGUUCACGUUGCUGUGGAUAAUCAAGAGGCUCUAGAGUGGUACCAGAGAAAGGACUUCAGAAUUGAAGGUGACGUCCUCCCAAACUACUAUAAAGAAACUAGCGGUUCUCCAGAUGCAUAUGUGCUGCUGAAGAAAGUUUAA